GGCAUUAGAUCUUAUAAUAAAAUCAUUAUGGAUUCUUCUUCAUCUUUUGUUUGUAUCAAAGAAUAUCUUUGAUCCUCUUCAUUGUCUUCUUCCACAAGGAGAUUAUGAUGCUAUGCUGGCCUUCAAAGCAGGGCUCUUUAACAAUCUUGAUUCCCUCAUCCGACUGGAGCUUCACAACCUUUCUGGCUCUCUUCUUCUUUUGCUUACCUUCAUUCAGCCGAAGAACAACUCAGUAGGAGCAAGCUCCGGCGAGCACUGACGUAGGUACUCAAACUUCACUUUCCCUUUCCCUCAGUAUUCCUUCGUGCGCUUACUGGUGUGGCUUGGUGCAUUAUCAAAUAUCACCACAGUCUUCUUGAGUCAUAACCUAUUUGGUUUUCCAAGAAAUCCAAGAGUUUAUCUAGGCAUUCUUCAAAUUUCUCAGAGUUCAUCCUGCCGUGAAACGGGUUUGUAAAUGAGUUUUCUCGUGUGGUGAUGGAAGAAGUCAGAAACAGAGACUCCUGAAACAUCUUAUUGUUCAGCCGGUAGUCCACCCCUUUCUCCAACCAUGUGUAAGAGGAUCAAGUGUCCCUGUUGAUGGCACUUUCGUAAAAAAAUUGACCACCUAUUCUCCUAUCUCUUCUUUAGUUCUAACAUUAAAACUCCUACUCACACUAUUUGCUUUUGGAGCAUCUUUUACACCCAACCAAAUCGGUUUCAUUUGUUCUUGCUUUGUCAUAUUUACCAAUCAAGAGCAGCCUCCACAAGAUCACCAGUUGAUAAAAGAAGAAUGUCUCCCAGACCCACACAAGUUUGGAAGUAUUUAAUAAGGUGGGUCAUCCUGAGGGACUCUUGUAAAGGUAUGGGGAAGCCGGCGUUGCAGUGCUACUAUCGGCUUUGAUGAGUAUAGAAACUACAGAAGGCUAAGCAUGGUGCUAUGAACUCGAUGGGCUACUCUA